AUGGGAUGUUUUCUUCUCCCAAAGAGUCUAUGUGAAGACAUUGAAGGGAUGAUGAGGAAUUUCUGGUGGGGGCAACGGAAUAAUGAGUCAAAAAUGGCUUGGGUGGGUUGGUCAAAAAUGUGCAAAUCAAAGCUAGAAGGAGGUAUGGGCUUUAGAGAUAUUCAAGCCUUUAACCUUACCAUGCUAGCAAAGCAAGGUUGGAGAAUGUUAUCCAACCCUUCAUCUUUAAUGGCUCGUCUGUACAAAGAAAAAUAUUUCCCAAAUGGUGAUGUGCUAAACGCCAAUAUUGGUAGCCGCCCCUCCUAUGCUUGGAAGAGUAUACAUAAGAGCUUGGAAGUGAUAAAGCAAGGCACUAGAUGGAGAGUGGGAAAUGGGAAAACAAUUCAUAUAUGGGAUGAUAAAUGGCUACCAACCCCAACCACUUACAAGGUUAUCUCCCCACAAAAGGACUUUGGCGAUUUCCCAAUGGUUUCGGCUUUGAUUGAUCAUGACACAAAGGGAUGGAGACGAGACAAGUUAGAAAGAAUUUUCUUGCCUUUCGAAGUUGAGACAAUCUUAAACAUACCAAUCAGCUAUCAUGCUCAGGAGGAUCAAUUAAUUUGGGUGGGAAAUAAAAAUGGAACUUUCACAGUGAAAAGUGCAUACUAUGUGGCUAGAAAAAUAAUUGAAGGAAAUAGCAGGGGAGAAUCUUCUGUUGGAGAUGUGAGAGCUCCAUUAUGGAAAAUGAUGUGGCACUUAAAUAUAGCAGCAAAGAUGUGGGUGGACUGCCCCAUUAGCUUGAUGGAUAUCAAUUGGGAUGCUUCUGAUAUGGCUAUUGAAAUUCUGCACCAAGGAACCAAAAGGGAUCUAGAGAAGUUUUUUGGGGUGGCUUGGAGGAUUUGGCUAAAUAGGAACCAGGUAAUUUAUGAGGAAAAGGGAGAACCAACAGCUCAUAUUUGGACGUCUGCAAUUCGUAUGACUGAAGACUACAAAGAUGCAAAUGACUUGAAGGCAAAGCACAAAGUGAUCAAGAAGCAACAUUGGGAACCUCCACCUGUGGGUUUCUACACUAUUAAUGUGGAUGGAGCCAUUCCUUCGACUAAUGAUCAAUCCGGGGCGGGAUUGUUAAUUAGAGAUUGGAACAGAAGAGUGAUAGCAGCUGUGUCUAUGCCCCUUCCAGGAAGAUACUCUGUUGAAGAAACUGAAGCAAUAGCAGUCGAACAAGGCUUAGUUUUGGCGAAAGAACUGGACCUGGAGAAAAUCAUUGUUGAAGGUGACUCCCUCCUAACCAUCCAAGCUGUUGAAACCAUGGAUGUUAGGGGGGUGGCUGGCCACAUUAUUAAAGGUAUUGUGCAGACCUGUAGUAGCUUUCAAGAGGCAAAAGUCAGACACAUUGACAGGAACAGCAACAAAAUAGCCCAUGAACUUGCCCAACAUGCCAAAAAAUCUAGAGAAAAAGCUGUCUGGAGGAGUGAGAUCCCAGAUUUUGGGGAUGAGCUUUUCACUUUAGCUACACUCAUUGUUCCUAGCGGUGGUACUUGGAAAGUGGGAUUGUUGAAAGCUAAGGGGAGCAUUUGGUUUUGUGAUGGUUGGGAGGAUUUUGUUGAGUUCUAUUCUAUUUCCGUUGGGCACCUUCUGGUCUUCAGAUAUGAAAGAAAUUCAAAUUUCCACAUUAUUAUAUUUGAUAAGACUGCCACUGAGAUUCAAUAUCCAUCCAACAAGAAUAUUGUUAAUUUGGAAGAUAUUGUGGACUUAACCGAAUUAGAUAAUAUAAACAUCUCGAGGCAUGACAAACAGCCUUCGGACACUUCUUCAAAAGGAAGAGAGAAAGCAAUCCAAGCAGCCAAAGUGUCCAUGCCUAAAGUUCGUUCUUUCAUGGCGAUCAUGCAACCGUAUAAUAUAAAGCUUAACUAUGUUUAUGUGCCUAAGGAAUUGCUAACAAGCACAUUGCUUGGAAUCAAUUUGUGGAUCUUCAGAUUUGUGGAGAAAAACAAUGGCGUGUCUGAUGCUAUCGCCAUACUGGUACAUCUUCAGCCAUGA